CGAGUCGCAACCUGAGCGCUACAGGCGUUAGGAGAUUAUGUGAUUGGGGUCUUCACGUUUCCGUCCUCUCGCGUCGCGUUAAACUCGUUUUUUAUUUUUAUUUUUAUUUUUCAAAAAGGCCCAAGUGGAGUUCGUUAGCUGUUAAUCAUAGUUAGUUAGGAUUUUGUUGUUGUUGUUGUUGUUGUUUUUAAGUAAUUAUUUGUACGGGUCCGUUGAUAAGUUGCAUGCGCGUGCUUGUUGACGGCGCGAGAGAGCGGUUGAGAAAGUGAAGCGAGCGAGGAAAAGGGUCGAAGGGAUGGUGGACAACUCCAACAGCAGCAAGACUCAAAUGGAGAGCAGUUUAGGAGGCAGCGUUUACCCUCAGGGAGGUGCAGCGGGGGUGAAGCUUGAGGCCGUGAUGGAGCAUCUGCAGCGGCAGCAGCAGGCACGUUUGGAGAUGGAGCGCAAGGAGCGGCAUCUGCGUGACACUCAUCUGAUGUACACUCAGCAAUUGGCCGCUCAGCAAGCCAUCCUGGCGGCAGCACGGGCCUCCGCUCUGGGCAACACCGGGAAGGCCCAGGGGCACGGGGAGAGGCUGGACGAGGUCGCCCGGGGCAGGGACUCGGGCGACGACGACGAAGACGUCGAUGCCGAUAACGAUGACGAAGAUGGAGCGAUGGUCGACGAAGGCAGCGAGGAGGACGAUGACGACAGCCCGGUGAGCGGGCUGGAGUUUUUGCGCAAGCAGACUCUGGCACUGCAGCAGAGCGCCAUGGCCAGGCAGUUUACAGGCUAUGCUGCCAGCGCUGCGCCAGGAACCAGGAUUCAGAGAGACGACUCGUCUCCCAUCAGGGUCAAACAGGAGCCGGAGGAUGACCUUUCACCUGCCGGUCCGCAAACAGCCACGUCUCCUAACGGACAGGCCGACUGGGGCUAUGACGAACACUUCAAACAGAAUGGCAGUGGCGUGUGGGGAGAGGAAUCAGACAGCAACAGAACAAGAGGAGAGGCUUCCAGAGACUUCGCCAAGUUGUAUGAGCUGGACAGUGACCCCAACAGGAAGGAGUUUCUGGAUGAUCUCUUCACCUUCAUGCAGAAAAGAGGAACCCCAGUGAACCGAAUCCCCAUCAUGGCCAAGCAGGUGCUGGAUCUCUACAUGCUCUACAAGCUGGUGACAGAGAAGGGAGGACUGGUGGAGGUCAUCAACAAGAAGAUCUGGAGAGAAAUCACCAAGGGCCUGAACUUACCCACGUCCAUCACCAGCGCUGCCUUCACACUCCGCACACAGUAUAUGAAGUAUCUGUACCCAUACGAGUGUGCACGCAAAAGCCUGAGCUCUCCCAGUGAGCUGCAGGCCGCCAUCGACAGCAACCGACGCGAAGGGCGUCGCCCCAGCUACAGCAACAGCAUGUUCCGCUUUAGCUCCUCCCCCAGCUCUGCCCCCCACAUCCUGUCUCCUCCAAAAAUGCACCUGGCUGCUUUGAGUGCCGGAGCUGCGGCGGCACUGAAUGGCCUUCAGGCGGCAUCAGUACCCUCAAUCAAGGCUCUGGAAGACGCCUCUCCAUCAUUGCUGGCUCGUGCCCCGGGCAUGGCUCUGGCUCUGGGGCCACAGCAGAUGGCAGGACUGGCUCGGGCGGCCACGCUGGAGCAGCUGAGGGAAAAACUGGAGACCGGCAGUGGACUCGGAGUCUCUGAGGGGCCGGAGAGGAAGAUGGCACGUCUGGCCGAGGAGCAGCAGAGACUCAUGCAGCAGGCGCUUCAGCAGAACCUGCUAGCCAUGGCAUCCCACAUGCCCAUGAACCUGCGCAUGGGUCUGACACCAAAAGAAGAUAAACACGACCUGGCCUUGAGCAUUUCCUCUACAGGGUCUUCCAGCAUCAGCGUAUCUGUAGAGGUCAAUGGUGUCGUCUACUCAGGAACUCUGUUUGCUCAGAAGCCCGUGUCGGUGGCCGUGUCUUCUGCAGCCAGCACGUCGUCCGUGACGCCCAACACCGCCUUCACCUUCCCCAGCCGCAGCCCCUCCUCCUCUUCCUCCAAAGGUCCCAGCUCGGCCGAGCCGUCCACCAGCGGGUCACCGUAGGACGACUCGUCCUCUACAGUCCAGGCUUCGGCUUCGUCCGAGCCUCGGCUCGACCACAACAACAGCCCUCGCACGGAUGUUUUGAAAAAUCAGACUGUUACACAACCAGUACCUCAUUUACUUCCUGUCAGCCUUGGCUGCCUAUACAUGUUCAGACAUAUUUAAAACACACACACACACACACACACACACACACGUACAAAAUACUUCUUAACAAACACUGUGCUUAAGUAAAACGCUAAACACAAUCAUGACAUUCAGCCAAAAUCAAAUGACAGGUGUUCAUUA